AUGAGCAAAAAGAGAAAGAGACCCAGCAAGGCUAGCGGUCCCGCGUCUCAGACGAGUCUCACUGCAGCGCCCAACCGUUUCAAAUCCUCCAAAGAAUCGGUUGCGCGAAACAUCCGCACAACGCACCCAGUGAUUUCACUGUACUACCGAGAGGUUUUGACCCUGCGCCAGUACCUCUUGAAUCAACUACCGGCAUCCUCCAAAUUGCGACGAAGGCGCAUCGCAUCCCUGCGAUUGUCCCCCGAGCGCAGCAAUGUUCAACCAUUGGCAGAUCUGCUAGACUUUACCCUAGUAGGCGUGUUGAAGGAGCCAUCUCCGAAGAUCGACUCCGACCGGCAGCGCGGGUAUCGCGAGUUCACCCAGUCCCAAUCACGGUCGGUCCUGGUCAGCACGGACACGGGAUCGACAUCCCCCCAAUCCGAAGUAGUCGAUUUUGUGAUCGGACAACUCUUCAAACAACAAUCCAAACCUGUCCACAUACUCACUCAUGGCUUUCAGCGCUCGUCGAUGGGGAAUGAUGACCUUGAGACCAAGAUUCCCGGGAUUAUGAUUCAGUUCUCAAAUCAGAAUGUUGAAACCCUUCAGAAAUCCCCAUGGACCGAGAUUUUGGACCUGUUGGGGCAGAAUGGGGAUGAAAUUAUGAUGCGACUGCUGUUUGAUUGCGGCAUUUUUGCUCCUAUUGACGCCCAACGAGGCAUCUACUACCAAUUAAGCGGUCAACCGCUUUCAUUUCUCGAACCAGUCCAAGCAUCUUGCGCGAGACCCGGUGAAUCGAUUUCGGAACCAAAGCCAUCCGUAAAGACCAAACGCCCUGAUCGCCAGGAAAUACGCAGUCCCAAUAGCAUCACUUUCCUUCGGCGCAGCAUGUUGUACAGUAGACAUGCAACCUGGUCAAACGAAAAGUUGGUCGUUGGUUUAGGCAGGACCCAUGUCUUCAACCGCUUCCGAGACUUGGACUCGGCCGCGCAGACAAUACACGUGAUGAUGUACAUCUUCGCACGCCAAUUUGGCCUGCGCAAUGUUUUUACCCCGACAGGAGAUCGCAGUGAACAGUUUGUAAGCCACGGUCAUGCCUUUCGCGAAGAUGAAAUCUUUGCUGGUGGCGGCUGUUCAAAGCUUCCCAAGCGGCUCCGCGGGCAAGCCGUAGAGCUUGCACACAGCCUUCGAGCCCGACAAGCUCGGUGCUCGUAUGAAGAAUUAUUAAGGCAUUAUUGUCCUACCGAGCCGAAUGGACCCUGGAAAUUAGGGGAGGCGUCACCCAUCAAGAAUCGAGUGCUGGGUGCUGAACUUGGUUCGUCUAUUGAUGAGAGCUUAGUCACACAAUUAAAAGUCAAGACCCCGGUAUGUACCAACGAUCGAUGCCCUGGGCCGGGUUCUCAUUCCAUGGAGCCUUCCAAGGCGGAGUCGGCAUGCGAGAGUCGAAUCCAGCAACCCAAGCUUACGCUUACCCACUAUGCCACACCGGCCUCCUCGGUAUCUGCCUUUUGUCGAGCUGUGCUGCUGAACUUGAUACCCUCUAAAUUCUUCGGUGAUGGCCCAGAAGGUCUUUUCAAUCGGAAGCUUAUUAUGAGACAUGUUGAUUCUUUCAUCAAAUUGCGCCGGUUUGAAAGUCUCAGCUUGCACGAGGUGUGCAUAGGCUUGAAGGUUGCCAAUAUUUCCUGGCUGGCCUCCCCCAAACUCCACAACUCGCACGGUGGAACAGACACCAAAAUGGCAAUGUCUGACUUCCAGAAACGCACGGAGAUGCUCCACGAUUUUGUAUACUACAUAUUUGAUUCCAUUCUGCUCCCCCUCGUCCGGGCAAACUUCUACGUUACCGAGUCUCAAACCCAUCGCAACCGUCUGUUCUACUUCCGUCAUGAUGUGUGGCAACGCUUGACAAAGCAGCCAUUGGCAAAAUUGAAAACGACCAUCUUUGAAGAGGUCGAGCCAUCUCGAGCUCAACGAUUGCUCGAACGGCGAUCCCUCGGAGUUGGAUCGCUGCGCUUACUCCCAAAAUCGACAGGCCUCCGCCCGAUCCUCAAUCUGCGAAAACGCGUGCUCAAGGAAUCAAAUUGGGGAGGAAAGAAACGAAGUUAUCUUGCGGCCAGCAUCAAUUCCAGCCUCGCUCCGAUCUCCAAUAUGUUGUCAUACGAGCGGAAGCGACAGCCCACCAGAUUGGGCUCGGCUUUACAAUAUGUUGGAGAUAUCCAUCUUAAGUUGAGGGACUUCAAGAGACAAUUGAUUGAACAAUUACCUGAACCCAAAUCAAGUUCGCUCCCGAAGCUCUUUUUCGUCAAGCUUGAUAUCCAGGGCUGUUUUGAUACCAUUCCACAGAAACAACUUCUGGGCCUCAUAGAGGAAUUGGUAUCCGAAGAGACCUAUCACAUUACCAAGCACGUGGAGAUGAGUCCAUCUGCCUUUGACGCACGAGGAAAACCUACUCGAAGGUAUAUUGGACGUGCUAUGCCAGCGAUGAAACAGCAGGCUUUGUCGGAUAUGGUGGCCGAACAAGGGCAGUGCCCAAAGGCCAAGACCGUGUACAUCGACACAAUUCAACAAAAGCUCCACGAUGCCGAUGAUUUGCUCGGCCUUCUCAAUCAACACGUGCGCAAUAACCUUGUAAAAAUGGGCAAACAGUAUUUCCGCCAACGUAGUGGCAUCCCACAAGGUUCUGUCUUGUCUAACCUGUUGUGCAACUUUUUCUACGGAGAGCUGGAACAACAGGUUUUAGGCUUCUUACGACCUGCAGACUCAGUCCUGCUACGACUUGUCGACGACUUUUUACUGGUGACAACCGAUGUGGAUCAAGCGAUUCAGUUCUUGCAGGUCAUGAUCCCUGGUCAGCCAUCUUACGGUGUGCUGGUAAACCCAGCCAAAAGCUUGGUAAAUUUUACCGCCGCCGUAAAGGGGACUCACAUCCCUCGAAUAGAGGGAUCAUCACUCUUCCCGUAUUGUGGAAUUCUCAUCAACACACAUACGCUCGAGAUGAUUCGAGAUCAAGAUCGUCUUUUAGAGGGCGGCGAUUCUGCCGCCACGUCCCUGUCCGACACAUUAACAGUCGAGACCAGUCGCAUACCUGGUCGUACGUUUCGUCGUAAAGUGCUCGCACCGUUCCGACUCCAGAUCCACCCGAUGUAUCUUGAUGAUGAGCAUAACUCCCGAAGUGUCGUGCUUGCCAACCUCCACACUAGCUUUAUCACUGCCGCCAUGAAGAUGUACCGAUACAUGAAAUCCCUCCGAGGCCGCAGUCACCCGGCGCCACCCAUUAUCAUCCAAACGAUCUAUGAUCUCAUCCAUCAAACCUUCAGGGUGAUCCAAACACGGCGGACUUCUCAUUCAACACCCUUCUCGUGUUUUGUUCAGUUGUGGCACCUGCAGUACCUGGCUGCAUCUGCAUUCCGGUUUGUCCUAAAGCGUAAGCAAACGCGGUAUGUGGCUGUGCUUGAGUGGUUGGACAGAUUAGGAAAAGAAUCACGACCAAAUUCGAACUUAAAAGCCGUUCGUAUGCAACAGGUUGUGAGGAAAGGAAUAGCGUUAUUUGAACAAUGGCGUUUUUAA